CACGAACUAGGCCCGUCACGCAAUCACGACAUCUUAGCUCACGUCCGGACAGACAACAUCUCCAACUGAGUUGCCUGUUCGCUUCAUCUUGAAGUACCCACAAUCCACCACCAAAAUAUAUCGUCGCAAGCUCAGGGAGCCAGAAACAGCACCACCAACAUGAUCAACGCCGUCCUUGUCUUCAACAACAACGGCCAACCACGGCUAACCAAGUUCUACACUCAAAUCGACACGCAGACAAAACAGUCUCUCAUUGCGCAAAUCUACAACCUGGUCUCCCAACGGCCACCAAGUGCCUGCAACUUCCUACCCUUGCCUCCACUGCUGUCCCGGGGCGCGAGCUCCAGUGCAGCCAAUGGCCCCUCGGACGCGCCAACCCAAAUCACCUACCGGACAUAUGCCACCUUGUCGUUCAUCAUGAUCUCCACGUCGACGGAGUCGCCGCUCGCGCUCAUCGAUCUCAUCCAGGUGUUUGUGGAGGCCUUGGAUCGCAUGUUUGAGAAUGUCUGCGAAUUGGAUCUUAUCUUCGGGUAUGAAACUAUGCAUGCCGUCUUGAGUGAGAUGAUUAUCGGUGGUGUCGUGGUGGAGACGAAUAUUGACAAGAUUGUGGCUGCGGAUCUUUUUCUUCUUUCCUUCGUUUGUCAAUCCCGUCACCCAACGCCGCCGCGGAUCCCAGUCGACAAAAUGCCUGCCCCCAAGUCCGGAAAGAAGACUGCCCCCCUCCCCUACCCCCAGGGUAAGGCUGGUUCCAAGAAGGCCCCCAAGAACCCUCUCAUCGAGAAGCGUUCCCGCAACUUCGGCAUUGGCCAGGACAUCCAGCCCAAGCGCAACCUGUCCCGCUUCGUCAAGUGGCCCGAGUAUGUCCGUCUGCAGCGCCAGAAGAAGAUCUUGAACCUCCGUCUCAAGGUCCCCCCUUCCAUCGCUCAGUUCCAGGCCACCCUGGACCGCAACACCGCUGCCCAGACCUUCAAGUUCCUCAACAAGUACCGCCCCGAGACCAAGGUUGAGAAGAAGGAGCGUCUCCACGCUGAGGCCACCGCCGUCGCUGAGGGCAAGAAGAAGGAGGAUGUCUCCAAGAAGCCCUACAACGUCAAGUACGGUCUCAACCACGUUGUCGGCCUCGUCGAGAACAAGAAGGCCUCCCUCGUCCUGAUCGCCCACGACGUUGACCCCAUUGAGCUGGUCGUCUUCCUUCCCGCUCUCUGCCGCAAGAUGGGUGUCCCCUACGCCAUCGUCAAGGGCAAGGCUCGUCUUGGUACCGUUGUCCACAAGAAGACCGCUGCCGUUCUCGCUCUCACCGAGACCCGCGCUGAGGACAAGGCCGAGUUCGCCAAGCUCCUCUCCGCCAUCAAGGAGGGUUACACCGACAAGACCGAGGAGUCCCGCCGUCACUGGGGUGGUGGUAUCAUGGGCGCCAAGGCUGUCGCCCGCCAGGAGAAGAAGCGCAAGGCCGUUGAGGGUGCCAUCCGUGUCUAAGCUAGCUUAACACAGACGGGAUUUAACACACAAAAAUCAACGAACUUUAAUGAAUUCUCCCAAAAAGCAACUUGAAAUAAAGUUCUGAGGGGCAAAAAAAUUCAACGGAGUUCAGGGCUCGGAUACCACAUUUCUAGCUUUCUCCCACACUCGGGUUUGAGGGGUCCUCCCCUCACCCUUCCUCUUAAUACCAUUCCAUCUAGUCAUGGACGGUCUCUUCCAUACCUUUUUGUUUUCUUUCAUGUACACGUUGCAGAUACCCAUCCAUGAAUGCUAUUUCACACAUCAACCUGUCACACCCUUGUAGUUGUCUCACCCUUCCUACCCCCUUGUCCCCUUGUGAUGUCAAGCAUUCAUUCAUGUGGAGUCUGCAUCUGUACAUUGUAGAUCUACUAUUCUUGGUCGUAGC